CUCACCCCACAGCCCCAGAUGAUAAGUGAUAGUUAGGUUGAAAUUCAUCAUUUAUACCAGAAUUAAUGUACUUCAAAUGUUAUAAAUAAUUUGGCAAUAUAUUUGAAUAGUUGAAAAUGUCAAAACGAUCUUGGCCGAGUGACCGAGAAUCAUCGUCUAAACAUGGGGAUGUUUCAAAUGUAAAGAAGAAAUUUAAAGAAGAUGAUGGUUCUAGUUCUUCCUCGAGUCAAGAUUCUAGACGAAGCAGUGAUGGAGAAGGAAAGAAGGCGUAUUUCUCUGAAAAGGGUCAAUACAGCAACUUUGCAAGUCGUAUGAUGACAAAGAUGGGAUACAGAGCAGGAUCAGGGUUGGGAUCAAAACAACAGGGAAUUAUUGAACCUGUGGAAGCAUCAAAACAAAGAGGUCGAAGAGGAUUGGGAUUGAGAAUAAUGUCUAUGGAAAAAGAAGUUGUUGUAGAAUGGGAUGAUGGUCAACCACCAACUAUCACAGAAACUGUUGAUUGGAUGCCAAAAUGCACAGAACCAUUACCAGAUUAUGAUGAAUUAUGUGAAUGGACCAGUGAAGGAAAGAAAAAACUGACUAUAGAAGAUGAAACUCUUUUCUGUGAUGAAGAAAUUUUGAAAAAAAUGUUGACUUGUAAAACAGUUUUUGAUGAUUUGGAAGGAACAGAAUUGCGGCAUGCUAGAACAAGGAGUAAUCCGUACGAACAAAUCCGUGGUGCAAUUUUCCUAAAUCGAGCAGCAAUGAAGAUCGCUAACAUAGAUCAAGUGUUUGAUUACAUGUUCACAUCACCAAAGAAUUUGGCCCCAAACGAAAUCUUAUAUUUUGCUGAUAUCUGUGCCGGACCUGGAGGCUUCUCAGAGUAUAUUUUAUGGAGACGUAAAUGGAGAGCUAAGGGAUUCGGUUUUACUCUGAAAGGACAAAAUGAUUUCAAGUUGGAAAAUUUUUUUGCUGCUGAUCCAGAGUUAUUCGAACCUCAUUACGGUGUGAAUGGAGUCAAUGGUGAUGGUGAUAUAAUGAAUACAGAUAAUUUGGAAGAAUUUAAAAGUUUCGUUUUGGAAAAUACUGACAAUAAAGGUGUUCACUUUGUUAUGGCUGAUGGGGGAUUCUCAGUUGAAGGCCAAGAAAACAUUCAAGAAAUUUUAACAAAGCAAUUGUUGCUUUGUCAAUUUGCAUGUGCAUUGAGUAUCGUUGGUAUGGGAGGCAGUUUUAUUUGCAAAACGUUUGACCUAUUCACACAGUUUUCUGUUGGUCUUGUUUACCUUCUUAGAAGAGCUUUUGAAGAUGUAACGAUAUUCAAACCAAUAACAAGUAGACCUGCAAAUUCUGAAAGAUAUGUUGUAUGUAGAGGCUACAAAGAUGAACAAAGACUUAUCGGAGAUUUUCUUUUGUCCAUCAAUCAAACAUUAAAUGAAAUGAAAGGAACAGAUUACGAUGUUAAUUCAGUCGUUCCUCUGGACUUGUUAAUGGAAGACACUGGAUUCUGUGAAUAUGUUAAACAAUCUAAUGAAAGAAUUGCUGACGCACAAAGCAGAGCACUGGCGAAGCUACAUGCGUUUGCGAAAGACAGAAGUUUGAAAGAAAUGUCUCAAGCACAAAUAAGAAAAGAAUGUUUACAACUGUGGCAAAUUCCAGAUGAAAUUCGUGCUGCACCUCUCGAAUUAAUAUUAGAGAAUGCUAUGAAAAAUUUAUCAGGUAUGAAAAGUCCAAUAGAAAUUUUAAAAACGCCAAGGAUGUUGGAUCAUGAAAAUGCUAGCAAUUUAUCCAGAGUUUAUGAUUAUAGAUGCUGUGUUUGUACAGGAAGAAGGGCUCUCAUUGUCUCUUUAGGGGGAGCGAGAAUAUAUGAAUGGCAUUAUACAGCAGGUAGAUGGGUAGCUUGUCCUGACAUCAAUUGUCAAAUACCCAGAAAUUCAAUAUUAGAAGUUGACAUGGUCCAAGAGAUGAGGGGAGAAGGAAAGGGCCAGAGAAAAAGCUUGGCUGUACAUGUUGUUGAUGCUAUUGCUCUAAGUGGAGAAGAUAUCAGCAGAAAACACUAUACUGAAAGAAUGAAUGACGUUCGAUUGUUUGUAACUGCCAUUUCAAAACCUUCAAUUCCAAAUAUGAAUAUUGUAAGAGCAAAACAAGUUUAUAGAAGUGAACAUAUCGAAGAAGUCUUCAAAUGCUUGAGUAUGAAAAAAGUGAAAGGAUUUGGGAUUGAACCCAGGUUAUGUUGUGAUAUUGAAAACACUGAUAGUUGGUUUGUACCAUCAGGACUUUGCUUCACAAAAAUCACCAAAGAUCCAUGGACAAUGGCAUUCAGUAAGUCACGAAAUCGAAAAUAUUUCUUCAAUUCAAAUGAUCGAACAUCGUCGUUCGAAUGUCCGCCUGAUUUCUGUGCAACAUAUGAAAUGUGUGCUUCAAGUCGCUGGUAUUGGAGUUGGGAAGAAGGUGUCAAAGUUCAUGAAAGUCAACAACAUUCCAGAGAGAAUAUUUUAUCAAGAGAUGAAAUCGUUCAAUUUCUUCAUCAACAAACUUGAACUGGGAACAUCUAUUUUCGGAAAAUAUUAGAGAGACUCUUUUAGUGCUUUAGCCGAGUUACAGCUAAAUUUUCGUCAAGUGACUAGUGUAUUACUUAUAACGUUUUUUUUUUUCGGUUUGCUAUCUAGUUUUACACAUUUUACAACGAUCCAAUGCAUUUUACAAUACGACAUUACAUGAGAAUAGUAAUGCCAUCCAGUGUGUAUGAAGCCUUAUUGUUGUGCAUUUUUCUGAAUAUGAAUUUAUUAUAUAUAAUCUUUUGAGUUGAAAAGCUUUAAUUUGGGUCUAAUUACUCUUCUGAAAAACGUUAAUCAGAACAGAUAUUUUUUAUUUACAAAUCUUCAAAUGUGCAGGCAAUUAAAGUUUCCAAAAUCAA